UUUGUGCGUGAAUCUUCAAUCUUGUCGGAGCAUAUCUUCCGAGAAAAAAAGGUCGGACUGCUCCUGAUUGGACAACAACCUCCAUUACUAUCGGAAGUAAUUUGCAUUGUCCCAACCUCGGUUAAACUAAACGAAACAUUGGACACAUAAAGGAGACUUCGUGAUCGUGUCCGUGAAAAGUUCACCCUUGUUAACGAGCAAAAAUAUGCGAUGAGACUGAUCCAAAAAGUUUUCUUGACUGUAUCGUUCAAGUUUGAUCACAGUAUUUCGCACAGUGUCUUAUUGUCUAUAUAAGGAGUGAACAUAACCAAAGAGUGUUGAUAGCCAACAUCGUGUACUGAUGUCAACACUGAAGAUAAAGGCUUGUUAAUAUGGCUUUAACCUGUCAGAGAUCAUUAAAAUAUUUGGAGUCAAUGUUCAAUGGUUCAGUGCCUCUUAGAAUGCAAUUACUCAAAGAUGUGUAGGAUAUGUUUGAUGUGAACUGCUAUGAAAGGCAAGGAUUGUUUUUAUCCUGAUCUAGCGAUGGACUAAGUUCACGCUUACUGCUUGAACCAGGAGACAUUAUAUUAUGAAUUCAAAAGUAGUACUGUCUAGACUUGGAUCUUGGCACAUGGCGUGAACUAAGUUUUAUGUAGACAGGAAGAAAGUUGAUUUGGAGAUUUGAGAAUGCAGGUGGAACAGAAGUCAAGAGAAGCGGUAAUCAAUGAAGGUCCCCACAUCCGAAAACUCAAACAUGGACAAUAAAUUGAAGUUUUCGGAUCGCUUAAAGGCUUUACUGAAAACAGAGGCUCAUCAAGAUGUUGAUCCGUAUAUUUUCAGUGAACCAGAGCCAUUCAAUACAUCAGGGAGGAAUGUUACAAUAGUUUCACCUAACAAUCCUAAAGUGAUGCAAAGUUGUAAAAAUAUUAAGCCUAAAGGGAAAUGUAUGAAGCAAAGGAUAAGGAUAACACCCGUAGCAGAUGGGGAUUACAAAGCUGUACAAGAUCAUACUGUAGAAUUAGAUGCUGACAGUGGUGUAGGUGGUGGUGAAAACAUAGAUUAUAAAAGUACAAAAGCAAUUAAGCAGAAAGAAUGUCACAUUGAAAACUUACAAAGAUUGAAAUGUAGGAGACAAAGUCGGGACCAUACUCUAUUGUAUUAUCCUAAAGCUGGGGAUGAAAUAUCCGAUAGUGACUCCAGCGGAGACGAGAUGACGGUUUAUCAACGGUAUUGGUUCUCUGGCGAAACUAGUACAGCAUUAAACCGUUCUGCACGACUAUCUCAAUUACGAUCUCAGCUGAGACGACGAUUAAUUCAGUUACAUAGAGGUGGGACAGAUUCGGAAGCGUUGCUGCGUGACAAAGCCAGAUGUCUACUGGAAGCUGCUUAUAAAGAUCCUACAUCUACUGCAAGAGCUUUGACCGAUUCUCCGAGUACGAGCAAAGUUGGUGAUGGACCGCUUUUAGUUGGCGGACUUUGUGGAGCCGACGGAUGUCAUCAGAUAUCUUUGCCCUGUACCCGUUAUUGUUCUCGUCACAUUAUGUUGAAUGGAGAUCAACUUUUAUUCGAACAUUGCACUGCCAAGUUUAGUGAUAACACACAAUGUUGUAUUCCUGUGUUUGAUGUUGCACACGAAUUACCCCUGUGUCCAGAGCAUGCAAGGAAAAGAGAUAACUACCAUCGUAAAGCUCAAGAAUCUAAACCAAAGAAAGCUCGUAAAAAGCCAGCCUCUCCAACAAUACCCAGGCCUAAACCGAAAUCCAGGCCGAAAAAGCGAAAACGGCCUCCCUCGACUAAGCUCGAGACAAAGGGCUCCACCUUGGUGCACGAGGAGAACCAAUACUUGAAUCAAAUAAAUUCUAGUGAAAAUCAAACAAAAACUUUGAACAAUUUGAAUUCAGUAGCUCAAGGAAGUUCGCACUCUUCUAAUUUAAACUUAGGAUUAGGACUCGGUCUUGGAGGAGGGCUUAAGGUAGAUCUAGGAGAUCACGAAGUGUUUCCAUCUCUGGAUGCGGCGGAGCAUGACUUUGGCAAUGUGCUCAACAACUUACCUGCUGACGCUUUUAAUGACUUAUUCAUUGAGAGCAGAAACGGAGAAUAUGAACCGUCAAGGGAAGAAGAAGAAGAAUUAGAACGGGCACUGGAGGCGGUAGAUAAGGAUGUACGAAAUUUGGAAAGGAUGGGGCAAACACAUGGACUUUUAGAACCAGCAUUGUUGGCUCAACUUAUGUCAGACAUUGCUUCGUAGCCCCGUCUGUUUUAAUAAUAUAAUAAUUUGAAAAUGAGUUCGCGUGUGU